CCCUCCCCGGGCGCCGUCCCCGCGCGGGCCCUUCCGGGCAGCGGCGGCACCAACGGCGGCGGCGGCGGCGGCGGCGGCGGCGCGGGCGGGACGCGCGACUCCGGGCGGGCGCCGGGCGUGCAGGCGGCGGGACUCUGAGCCCGCGGGAGCGCCCUGAGCAGAAGGAACUUCCCAGAUUCUCCAGGGUCAGCACUCAGCGUGCCUCCACCCCAGGCCAUGCCCGGCCAGGGCCUGCCCCUGCGGGUGGCCACCCUGCUGACCGGGCUGCUCGAGUGCCUGGGCUUCGCGGGCGUCCUCUUCGGCUGGGCCUCGCUGGUGUUCGUCUUCAAGACCGAGCAUUACUUCGAGGAGCUCUGUGAAUCUGGUGCUCAGCGGGCGGGCAAUGCCACGGGCCCGGCUGACUGCAAAGCCCAGGAUGAGAGGUUCUCGCUCAUCUUCACCCUGGCAUCCUUCAUGAACAACUUCAUGACCUUCCCCACCGGCUACAUCUUCGACCGUUUCCACACCACGGCUGCCCGCCUUGUAGCCAUAUUGCUCUACACGAGCGCCACACUCACCAUAGCCUUCACCUCUGCAGAAUCGGCCGUGCUGCUCUUCCUGGCCAUGCCCAUGCUCACCGUCGGGGGAAUCCUAUUCCUGCUCACCAACCUGCAGGUCGGGAACCUCUUUGGCAAACACCGCUCGACCAUCAUCACCCUCUACAACGGAGCCUUCGACUCCUCCUCCGCCGUCUUCCUUAUCGUCAAGCUCCUGUACGAACAGGGCAUCAGUCUUCGGGCCUCCUUCAUCUUCCUCUCCAUCUGCAGUACCUGGCACGUGGUGCGGACGUUUCUCCUGAUGCCGAGGGGCCACAUUCCCUACCCGCUGCCCCCCGACUACCGCUAUGGCCUGUGUUCCGGGAAGCGCGACAGAGAGGGUAGCCAAGAGGGCAAGAAGUCGUCGUCCAAAGAGCUGAUGACACCAACAGAGGAGGCCACGGGACCCGGGCAGAAGCCGGAGGUGCAUUCCUUCUUGAGGUACGCCUUCUCCUGCCGCUUUGCCUGGCACCUGGUGUGGCUGUCGGUGAUCCAGCUGUGGCACUACCUCUUCAUCGGCACCCUCAACUCACUGCUCACCAACUUGGCCGGCGGGGACAGGGCCCUGGUCAGCACCUACACAAAUGCCUUUGCCAUCACCCAGUUCUUUGGGGUGCUGUGUGCCCCCUGGAAUGGGCUGCUCAUGGACUGGCUGAAGCAGAAGUACCAGAAGGAGGCGAGAAAGACAGGGGCGUCGGCCUCCAUGGUGGCCCUCUGCUCUACGGUGCCGUCGCUGGCCCUGACGUCGCUGCUGUGCCUGGGCUUCGCCAUCUGCGCCUCCGUGCCCGUGCUCCCGCUGCAGUACGCCACCUUCGUCCUGCAAGUGAUCAGCCGCUCCUUCCUCUACGGAGGCAACGCCGCCUUCCUCACCCUCGCGUUCCCAUCGGAGCACUUUGGGAAGCUCUUUGGGCUAGUGAUGGCCUUGUCGGCCAUCGUGUCUCUGCUCCAGUUCCCCCUCUUCACCCUCGUCAAAGGCCCCCUCCAGGAUGACCCCUUCUUCGUGAACGUGGGGCUGGUGCUGGUCACUCUGCUCACCUUGGUCCACCCCGUCCUGGUGUACCGCGAGUGUCAGAGCAAGUAGAGGCAAGACGGUCGCACUCUCCGGCCCCGAGGAAGCUUCUGCCACUGUCACACGCCCUGUGCACACGGACGCCACAGCCCGGGGGGGCCCCUUGUGUAUCGAAUAACCGUUCUCUCCUGAAAUGCGAGUCUCUCUCUGCCGUCUGCUGCUUGCCAUCAGCGUCACUGUCUCGGCGGCCAGGCGGACAGAUGUCUGUCUUCAAGACCCCGGCCAAGGCCUGCUUUCAUUUCAGAGCAGGAAGCACUUAUUUUUGUUUGUUCGUUUGGUUUGGGGGUCACCCAUGGCGGUGCUCGGGACUUACUCUUGGCCCGGCGCUCAGGGAUCACUUCUGGGGGACCAUGUGUUGGUGCUGGGGGACUGCACCCAGACCAGUAGCGUGCGAGGCGAGUGCCCUCCCCACUGUGCUCUCGCUCAGGCCCCUGGGCGCCUGAAGCCAGAGAGUGGAAGGUGGCGCCACCUGCUGACUUCCUGGUGACGGGUGACUUGUCCUGGCCUUAGACCGCCUGGCAUUUGGGUGGCACGGGGCUCUCCUGCAGGGACACAGCCUGGGCAGGGACUGGGCCCCUCCCCCCAAGGCAAAGGAGCCAUGGGUGGGAGUGGGGGUUCCCAGGCCCAAGUCCCAGCUCUGCCUCUGAUGCUGGGUGACCUUGGGUGACCCCGUCCCCCUCCCAAGCCUCAGUUUCCCUUCUGUAAAAUGAGGGUGUGUGGGAGUUGAAGGUUCUCUCCAGCAAGCCCUGGCAGGUUUUGAGGACAGGGUUAGCAAGUCACCCCAAGGGGCUUGGGAAAUGGCUGACCCGCUGGGCUGAAGGAUUUCUGACACGGCCUUUGGGGGCUGUCAUUUCCCUGUGAGGGAGGAAUGUUUACUUCGGGCGUUGUGUAAAGAAUCUCUCUGGGGAACCGUUUCACAGAAAAAUAAAACCUCACUGCCAUA